AUGAAAACUGAAGACUGGACUAGCAACUUAAUAAUGUUGACACAAGAUCCAAAUCCUCCACUACCUGUGGAAUUCUGGAACAUCCUUCACAACUCCAUAAGUGCACUUUUAAAUAAUGGUACAAAGAUUGUGCCACAACUGGAUCAAAUAAUUCAGCCUUGUAAAAACCAUCACGAGUAUUAUGUGCCUCCUAAACUCGGCCCUCCGGCGGAGUAUGAAGCAAAACUACCUCACUACAUUGGAUUUACAACAUGGCUUCUGGCCCAGAUUGCCCGAGCCACCACCUUAGAGUCAUUGGAAUCUCAACAAACUCAGCUGGUAGACUGGCAGAUCUUGAUCAUAGAGUCGUUGGCUUACAGGAACCAACACAUGUUUUCCAUCAUACUAUCGGAAUAUUUGGUAGCAAUCAAAGACUUGGUGGAAUCUCGAAGUAAAGAAGAAGUUCCAUUUGAGUUUGUCUGGUUCCGCAAAGCUGGUGUUGAUAGUCAACCUCCUCUUGACAAGUUCAUCUUGCGCAGCAGACGUGCGUGUGCUGUUCUCCUUACUCAUCUUCUCAAGGUGGUGAGAAGCCACACGGGUAUGUUGGCGUCUUGUCACCCCACGGGCAUGUUUGAUUAUUGGUCUGCAUUGUUGGCACUACUGGGAGACUCGGACAGACAAGUUUGGUUGGCAGCACUGGAUUCCAUCAGUGUCAACAUAAAGUGCGACGGAUUCCCCCGAACCUCCUUAAUGGUAUACAACCUAUGUGAGCUACUGAAUGUCAGGUUGAGUGGUACAGCUGGCUGGAGUGGGGAAGCUGGGAAGGCGAUGCUUGUAUCGACUGACACCUUUUGUGAAGCUGCUCUCUCCCACGUCAGUGCGGCUGAUAAGAGAGCUUUGUCCCGCCUCUACCUCGGACUUGUUGCCCUGCUAGACCCUAAGAAGGUGGUUUUGUUUGCAGGAGUUUCGUCAAGAAGUUACUGUAAGCUGAUAGUGUUGCUGUUCAAGAUAUGUCCAAUGUCUGUUGAUAUAAAAAAGAAAGUACAAGCAGUUUUGGAUCAUGCCUCCAAUUUCCCUGAUAUUCUAACUAUUGUCCAGGCCCUUGUGUGGAAUGAUGUACAUCCUCACUUAAAUAAUCCAGAAAAGAGUCGGGAGUGCUGGGAAAUCAGUAGUUUGUGGAAAUCUGUGUUGGAUAUUGCUGCAAAAGCUGUAGAAAACAUUAUUAACGGAGGACAGUCUGCUGCAAAUGUUGUAAAACUUACAAAACUACUAUCUGCUGUUGCUCUCAGUGCUUCUAACAUCUCUCUUCAGCUGAGUCAGUCCUCCUCGUCAUUGGUGUUUUUUGGAAACAACUUCUACGUAAAAUGGAACAAACUUAUACGGGAAAUAGAUCUUAAUGUUAUAUAUCUGGAAGUUGCUAAAACAUCAAAGUAUCUUGCAUCACUUGGCGACAUGUCCAUGAUUGAUUUGCGAGAAGCGAACAGUCUUUUGGCAUUUCUGUCAAUUCCAUGGCUCAACAAAAAUAUCGGAGCUCAACUGCCUCUGGUCGACCUGUCACCGUAUCGAGUCAUGGCGAAUCUACAAAUUUUUCUUGAUGAUCCUGGUGUGAAGAGCCACUCGCUGGAAGGUCUGAUGGUGAUGGUGUUGUGUGGCAGUCUCAGCCUAGAUUGGAGGCUGGCUGUGGUCAAACAAGCUCAUGUUGAGAUAGACAAGGUGUGUGCAAUGCUGACGACAUUACCAGUCAACGAACAAAGCUUAUGUGUUACCAGCCUCGUGGACCCCUUCUUCUAUCAAGAUGACAACUAUAGCACCCCAGACUUUGCCAGCAAAUUCCCAACAAUCGUCUGCUGUUUGGCUGGCACUGCUGAGUUAAUCAGACAUGACACAACAGAUGAGGAACUAACAGUUCACUGCAGGGUUUGUGAUGGUAACACUAAAGAUACCAAAUUUAUUGAAGAUUCCUUUGCCACAGCUAUGCUUGAAAGUUAUUUGAAGCUUCGUUAUGUCAAGUGCCACUCGGUGAGAAAACAUGUGGCGUCUUCUCUGAAGAGGUGGAGCAAACAUAUACCUGAGCCGAUAUUGAGGCAGGCCGUAGACAAGUGGUUGAGAUACAUUAAAGACGACAACCAUGAUGUCAGAAUGGCAAUGGCUGAAAAUGCAGCACAUCUUGUGUCUGCAGACUCAAAUGCGAGUUUCAUUGCACGUUACAGACAGGUGAUGCUGGCACUGAUCCAUAAGAGUUUCUCUUCAGCGGAUUGCCAUCUGCAGCUAUCCUUGAUGACUACAGCGUCCAAUGUUGGAUGUACCCCGUUUGAAAAUGUUUUACUGCCGACUUUAGAGAUGUUCGUGGCCUUUGUCAGUCAUCCACAGUCAAAACACGAACUGCCCGGUCUUGAACACUUGAGUAAAAUUGCAGCUGCGAGGGAUACAAGUGUCCAAGAUCUGUUCUUUAGGUUCCAAGAUGAAAUUUUUAAGUAUUUCACAAUUAUGUUAAUCAUAAACUCUCUGGAAAACAAUGAUCAUUGCACUUCAAUGUUGGUUAAACUGGCCAGGGGGUUUAGCUUCACCAACUCAAAGCAGCUGUGGGACCUAUCAGGUGUGAAGUACUUACUCAAGUACUUGCUGCCUCUUAUAUCUCAGGACCCCCGAGCCAAGAACAUGUUGACACCCAUCACUGCCACCACUGGAACUGAUGUCACCAGUGUACUGAAGGACUCAUUUGCGUAUGUUUACUCACACGUUUUACUUUUCGAGGACAAUAAAACCCAGAAUUUUGUUCAUCAGCUGAUAGAGGGAUUCGCCGGAGUGUCAAUUCAGUCUUUGAUUUGUUAUUCUUACAAGGUUAUCAUAUGUGAACUGUUGCUGUAUUACCACAUGGAGAAGACCAAAGUUACAGAGGCUUUGCGUUCCUUGAAAGAUUGUGACUUUGGUGCUUCGUCUUCAGCCUCGGAAAACUUGAUAUUCUCUAGCAACAGCAAGAAUGACUCCCCCAACACUGAUAUUACACAGUUCCUCCAGCCCAGGUUCCUGGCUGUGCUAGCCUACUUGGACAGUAUCCUGGUGACUCAGUCCUGCAGUGAGCAGACCAAGCGCCAUGCUCUGCUCACUCUGCCAGAGCUCAUCAAGCUGUAUGUAACUACUAGUGUUAUUGUUGUACAGACACAGUUCCUCCAGCCCAGGUUCCUUGCAGUGCUGGCCUACUUGGACAGUAUCCUAGUGACUCAGUCCUGCAGUGAGAAGACCGAGCUUCAUGCUCUGCUCACUCUGCCAGAGCUCAUCAAGCUGUAUGUAACUACUAAUGUUAUUGUUGUACAGACACAGUUCCUCCAGCCCAGGUUCCUUGCAGUGUUGGCCUACUUGGACAGUAUCCUGGUGACUCAGUCCUGCAGUGAGCAGACCAAGCGUCAUGCUCUGCUCACUCUGCCAGAGCUCAUCAAGCUGUAUGUAACUACUAAUGUUAUUGUUGUACAGACACAGUUCCUCCAGCCCAGGUUCCUUGCAGUGCUGGCCUACUUGGACAGUAUCCUAGUGACUCAGUCCUGCAGUGAGAAGACCGAGCUUCAUGCUCUGCUCACUCUGCCAGAGCUCAUCAAGCUGUAUGUAACUACUAAUGUUAUUGUUGUACAGACACAGUUCCUCCAGCCCAGGUUCCUUGCAGUGCUGGCCUACUUGGACAGUAUCCUAGUGACUCAGUCCUGCAGUGAGAAGACCGAGCUUCAUGCUCUGCUCACUCUGCCAGAGCUCAUCAAGCUGUAUGUAACUACUAAUGUUAUUGUUGUACAGACACAGUUCCUCCAGCCCAGGUUCCUUGCAGUGCUGGCCUACUUGGACAGUAUCCUAGUGACUCAGUCCUGCAGUGAGAAGACCGAGCUUCAUGCUCUGCUCACUCUGCCAGAGCUCAUCAAGCUGUAUGUAACUACUAGUGUUAUUGUUGUACAGACACAGUUCCUCCAGCCCAGGUUCCUUGCAGUGCUGGCCUACUUGGACAGUAUCCUAGUGACUCAGUCCUGCAGUGAGAAGACCGAGCUUCAUGCUCUGCUCACUCUGCCAGAGCUCAUCAAGCUGUAUGUAACUACUAAUGUUAUUGUUGUACAGACACAGUUCCUCCAGCCCAGGUUCCUUGCAGUGUUGGCCUACUUGGACAGUAUCCUAGUGACUCAGUCCUGCAGUGAGCAGACCAAGCGUCAUGCUCUGCUCACUCUGCCAGAGCUCAUCAAGCUGUAUGUAACUACUAAUGUUAUUGUUGUACAGACACAGUUCCUCCAGCCCAGGUUCCUGGCAGUGCUGGCCUACUUGGACAGUAUCCUGACAAAGUUCCUCCAGCCCAGGUUCCUGGCAGUGCUGGCCUACUUGGACAGUAUCCUGGUGACUCAGUCCUGCAGUGAGAAGACCAAGCGUCAUGCUCUGCUCACUCUGCCAGAGCUCAUCAAGCUGUAUGUAACUACUAAUGUUAUUGUUGUACAGACACAGUUCCUCCAGCCCAGGUUCCUGGCAGUGUUGGCCUACUUGGACAGUAUCCUGGUGACUCGGUCCUGCAGUGAGACGACCAAGCGUCAUGCUCUGCUCACUCUGCCAGAGCUCAUCAAGCUGUAUGUAACUACUAAUGUUAUUGUUGUACAGACACAGUUCCUCCAGCCCAGGUUCCUGGCAGUGUUGGCCUACUUGGACAGUAUCCUGGUGACUCAGUCCUGCAGUGAGAAGACCAAGCGCUAUGCUCUGCUCACUCUGCCAGAGCUCAUCAAGCUGUAUGUAACUACUAAUGUUAUUGUUGUACAGACACAGUUCCUCCAGCCCAGGUUCCUUGCAGUGCUGGCCUACUUGGACAGUAUCCUGGUGACUCAGUCCUGUAGUGAGAAGACCAAGCGUCAUGCUCUGCUCACUCUGCCAGAGCUCAUCAAGCUGUAUGUAACUACUAAUGUUAUUGUUGUACAGACACAGUUCCUCCAGCCCAGGUUCCUGGCAGUGCUGGCCUACUUGGACAGUAUCCUGGUGACUCAGUCCUGCAGUGAGCAGACCAAGCGUCAUGCUCUGCUCACUCUGCCAGAGCUCAUCAAGCUGAUGGGUGUCCAACAUAUAACCCCUGUCAGGUUCAAAGUGCUUGCUACUCUGCGAUAUGCCCUCAACCUCUACCACAGCUACUAUCCACAAACUAUCUGCUUCGCCUGGCGUGCCUUUGUACAAAAUGUGUCGUCGUUGGGUCCGUUGUUGAGUUCUAUCUUUGUGUCGCUGUUGCCACUCCUGGACCAACACCCCGUGGAGAUCUGCAGCGUAUUCCGCAUACUUGUGGUGGACAACCUGGAGGCAGUUAGAGACCAUCUCGCCGAGCUUUACUUCCUACCAGACACCCCGGCGACUCAUCAGUUUUACACUUUGGUGCAAGCGGAGCUCGAGAAGCUCAGAAAGUUGCCAGUGAAGGACCAGUUGGCUGUAACGUUGAGACUGGCAACUCACAAGAACUCUGAUGUUCAGCUCCGAGGACUUCACAAGCUGCGGGAAGACCUCGCAUUUCACCGAGAGAACCUCGUACCUCUCAUAUCAGCUUGUGAUAACAUUGAUCCUUUUAUUCUCCAGCUACUAGAGGCGCUGUUGUCAGGAUGUCAGGACACAGACCCUGAUGUGAGACUUGCCAGUGCUCAAUGUCUAGGAGAGUUGGGCGCACUCGACCCUGGACGUCUUCCAAACAAGUUCAAAGUUGAAGCCGAGGAGAAAGAAAUGUUCGUAAUCAGCAGUGAGGCGUUUGUUUUACGAGCACUCAACGAAUUCGUCCGAGCUUUCCAAGCUGCCAGUCAUACCACCACGGUGGAUGUUUUUGCAUUUGGAAUUCAGGAGCUGCUGAAGAUGUACAAAGUGCCGGAGAGUCAAGUGUGGGAAAAGUUGUCGGACGCCACUAAGGAGAUCAUCUCUCCGUUCAGGGAGUCUCGCUACAAGCCCUCAGACCAUACAGACCAAAAGACUCACAUUCCCCACCCUAUAUAUGGCACCGAUUUGUGUUCAUCACUGAAAGUAUGGGCGUGGAACUGGGUCUCGCGUCUGAUUCCCUCUGUCACCGACGAGUUUGUGAGGAAUGUGUUCUCGGUCUGCUUGCUGGGUCUCAAGAAGGAUCUGCAGUCAUUGUUGUUCUUCCUUCCGUACAUAGUUUUGCAUGCUAUACUGGGAGCCACAAAGUCUGAAAGUCGUCGUAUCGGAGAGGAGAUCUGCGCUGUGUUGUUCCACCGCGGGGAGGAAGACCAGCCAACACCUGAAACUUGUCGCAGCAUCCCCUCCACCGGAUCCCUGCAGAGCACUAAGUGGACACAAGAUGGCAGUCACACUCACGCUCUGUGUGCCAAGACAGUCUACCAACUGUUGGACUUCCUCUACCACUGGCUGAGACAGACGAAACAGCAGAUAAACCCCAGUGAGGAGUCAACUCUAGCAGACCAGUACCACAAACUCAGGGAAUUUUUGUCUACCUUUUCCAAAAAGGACAUUGCAGAUGGAUCGUUCAGAUGCAAGGAGUACACUCGAGCACUGCUGUUCCUUGAGGACUAUAUGAAUGAGAACCCUGACUUGGUACAAAGUUAUCUGCCUUAUUUAGGGAAAAUCUACUACCACCUCAACGACCCGGACAGUUUCAAAGGCAUCAUUGCCAUUAGAGACGAAGAGCCAACCGCCCAAGAGAUGAUUCAUUAUCACAAGCUCACUGGCCAGUUGCAGGAUGCUGCAGCUUGCUAUGAGAGGUUGGUACAACUGCCAGACUCUGUGUCUAACGAAGACGAGGACUUCUACAAAGGCAUGGUGCAGUGUUACCUCGGCAUGGACCAGCCCUCUACUGCUCUACAGCUUACUCAGGGGUUCCUCAAUAGCAUGGGCAAGUGCAGUGACAUGGUGGACGAGCAGGCAGAAGCCAUGUUGGCGUUGUCCAUGUUCCCGCAGCUGGAGCAGCUGUUGACGAGCACGGGUGCCACUACGACGGACGGGUGGGGCACAGCGCUGGGCCAUGCAUUGUUACACCUGUCUCGAGGCAAUCAAGACGAGAUGGUGGCCGGACUGGACCACAUCAGACAGGCGUUGGUCCGCAAUUUGGCUGGGUGUUCACUCACCAAGAGUGCAAUAGGGUAUCGGCAUGGCUACGACGUUGUGGUCAAGCUGCACAUUCUUACUGAACUGGAAAAAGUAGGCCAGAUGGUGUUCAAGAUGAAGGGGCGGCCAGUCCAGGAGAUGGAGAGCAUGUUCAGACAGGUUGUUCAGAAAGAGCUAGACGACCGACUGAAGGUUGUUCAGACAUCAUACAGAGUGCUUCAGCCGAUCUUGGGUGUGAGAAGGGUCGUGUUGUCACUGGCCAAGGACAUUGACCCACAGCUACAACCUCUAUUCACCACCGAGAUCGGAAACAGCUGGCUCAAGAGUAUUGAAAUCGCACGCAAGUCAGGCCACUUCCAGCAGGCCUACACCAACAUAUUGACAGUGGAGCCAUUCAAGCCGAAGGGACUGUUUGUGGAGAAGGCUCGUCUGUUGUGGGCCAAGUCUGAGCCUGAGGCUGCACUCAACACACUCAAGCGAGGAGUCGAGCGCAACUUCCCCAACAUGGACACAGAUCGCUCAGGCAGUACACAGAGUUCUGACGAGAGUCUGCAGAAAGACGAGAGACGAUUGUGUGCCGAGGCAUAUCUACUUAUCGCUCAGUACAACGAUGAGAACGCCAACAUCGACAUGGACACCAACCUGAGGAACUACAAGAGAGCAGUUGCCGUGUGUCAGUCGUGGGAGAAGAGUUAUGUCAGUUUGGCCCAGUGUUACUACAAGUGCCUGCGUUCUUCUACACAGCUCUCACAACAGCUUGAAUGCCAGGUCCAACUGAUCAACAUGUUCGGCAAGUCGCUGCAGUACGGGUGCGAAUACAUCUACCAGUCCAUGCCACGGAUGUUGAGUACGUGGCUGGACUUUGGCACUCAGCUUGCGCAGGACACGAGAAAGCCUCGCGGUGUCGAGGGCAUCUCCGAGCGCAAGGCCGCUAUGAAUAAGAUGACUGCACUUGUUGAAGCGUACCGCAAGCGGCUGCCGACGUACAUGUUCAUGACAGCGUUCUCUCAGAUUAUCUCUCGCAUCUGCCACCCUCAAGAUGGCUGCUAUGAGAUACUCAAGGCUAUCAUCAUCAAGAUCAUCAUCGCCUAUCCUCAACAAGCUCUCUGGAUGUUCCUGUCUGUUUAUAAAUCGCCAUACACAGUGCGAGUACAGCGAUGUGAGGAGGUGCUCAAGUGCAGUGAAAUACUCAAGAAGAAGGAAUUGAACCAAACAAUCAAUGACUUCCGAGACCUGUUCAACCGCCUCAUCGAGCUCGGCAACAAGAACGUGGAGGGGAGAUGCUCGAGUGUGAACAUUAAAACAUUCUACCGCUCACUGUACAUGCUGGUGUCUAACCCUAGGCUCAGCAGAAUUGUGAUUCCGUUACAGCGUUUCCGCACUAUCUCCCUUCCACGCACCACGGCCGAGUACCACAAUCCCUUCCCCGAAGAUCUGGUCUACAUUGCUGGUAUGAAGGAAGAGGUAGUCAUUGUUCCGUCUUUGCAGAAGCCUAAGAGAAUUUCUUUGAUUGGCACGGACGGAAAAAUUUAUUCAUUGCUAUGCAAGCCAAACGAUGACCUGAGACUGGACUCACGGAUGAUGGAGUUCAAUUCUAUCGUCAACAUGUAUCUCCAACGUGACCCUGAAGCUCGGGAACGAGGAUUGUAUAUCAGAACUUAUAGCGCAGUUCCCUUGAGUGAUAGCAGCGGCAUCAUCGAGUGGGUGCCUAACCUGCUGGGCUUGCGACACAUCCUCAACUCCGCCUACAAACAGAUGGGCAUCACUGUGACACACAAGGAAUACAAGGAGUGUGCUUGUGGGAAGUCAGACCCGCUGUCCAAAAAGCGAGCUGUCUUCCUGGAGAAGCUGCUGCCGAGACACCCGCCAGUGUUACGAGACUGGUACUUGCGCGAGUUCAGUCACCCUACAGCAUGGUACCUCGCACGGACUGCCUACGUACGCACCUUGGCCGUCAUGAGCAUCGUGGGCUACAUGCUGGGGUUGGGCGACAGGCACGGUGAGAACAUACUGAUCGACUCAACGUGCGGCGACGUGUUCCACGUGGACUUCAACUGCCUCUUUAACAGAGGCGAGCGGUUUGACUUUCCAGAGAAAGUUCCAUUCCGUCUGACUCACAACUUGGUGCACGCGAUGGGUCCCACGGGAGUGGAGGGGAUUUUCCGUCACUCGUGUGAGAUCACAACUCGAGUGAUGAGACAACACAUGGACCAGCUGAUGUCAGUGGUGCGGCCGUUCUGCUAUGACCCGCUGGUCUCGUGGAACAUCAACAAGAACACGCGAGAUGAGAAUGCAGAGAUGACCAAUGAAAAGGCUAUGGAUGACAUACAAAACAUCGAGAUGCGAUUACAAGGGAUUGUCAAAACCAAGAACGGUUCGUACUCGGUCCCUCUGUCUGCUGAAGGGCAGGUCCGGAUAUUGAUAGCAGAAGCAACCGACAUCAACAAUCUCUGCCAAAUGUACAUCGGCUGGGGUCCUUACUUGUGAUCUAAGGUGUUUAGUAACUUGUGUUAUAAGCCUACCAGUGAAGAUUUUAGUUCCUUCGAAAUGUUUGUAAUCUCACUAACUUCCAAGGCAAAGAUAUCUUCGGUGAGUUGGCCAAUAUACUUUGAAAAGUUCCUAUUUUUAGUUUUUUUUACUUUAGAUUGGCCUCUAGAUCAUCAGAAAAAAAUAAACUUAAUGAAGUUUUAGUUCAUCAGUUGGAUCGAUCAACACAAAGGUGACCUUCAUUUGUUAAAACUCAUUGUAGGGAAUAUGUUAGAACUUAAAACUUCAGUACAUCACAAUAAGAUUAUAUAAAUAUAAAUACUGUAUAUAUAUUGGAAAGAGCUCUUUUGAAUUAGGAAUACAAUAGAGAGAAAUGGAUACACAACUGAAGAUCCAAAAGAAUUUAAGGCAGUUAUAGCAAACAAAAAGUUCACAACUCAAUUCAAUUUGACAUUCCCCCUCUAAGGCCUUCUUCCAAAAGAAGUAGCAGAAUCAUUCCAUUUCUUCUUCCCAAUACUAACUAAACUGUUUACAUAACUUAAGUGUUUUUUUUAUUACUUUAGGCCUGGGUAUUUAAGGAUUUUGUAAUGCAUAGUUAUAACACCAGGCUUACCUUACUGAUGAAAAUGGGAAAAACUGAAUAGGUAACUAGUAGAAUUUUCUGAGCUAGUUGGCCCUUCUUGAGUACCUAUUACUCUUUCUUUCUACCGACUCUUCUACUCAAGAAGGAACAAGUAAGAUAGAAGAUGUAAAUCUGGAGAUUGUAUGGGUUACCUGUUCUUUUGUCUUUUUUCGUCAUUAAGGUAAGCCUGUUGGCAUAACUUUUCAUUACAAAAUCCAAUGUUUCACUAAGGUGUUUUUGGUAAUCAAAAGAAUGUACCCUAAUUUAAAUAAUAAACAUUAGUUAGUCUUGAAAAAAAAACACAAUUCAUUUGUGUUGGAAAUAUGAGUACGUAAGGUGAAAAAUAUUGAUAGAGCUCAUGCCUUUGGAAAUGAAAACUUAAAAAGACAUUUUCUUAGUAGGCUACCUAUAUGGAUUAUUGGUCAAAAUACCGACUCACAAGAUUUUAAAGUUACAGUUCUUCUAUGUUUCCAACAAUUACAAUAUUAUAAUUUGUAAUCCUGCCUAAAAGUAUUCAAGGGUGCCUUUGUAGUUAAAUUUGUUGUGUGCAUAAAAUAAUCUUGUACGAAUGUUAUAGACCCUAUUUUGUAAAACAUGUUCAUAAAGUAGCUCAAACCUGUUUUAUGUGUACAAUGUAGCGGAAAGUAAAAUAAUAUAAGUGAUAAAGUAAAAAAAUGUGAUAUGUGUGUGUGAAGGUUAAGCAAGAUGACUCAGUUGUAGCUCAUACUGAAGUCAGGUGUAAUGACAGUCUUGACAUCUUGCUUGCUGUUCUGUGGUGGGGUCAAUGUCAACAAAUUUUGUAUUUUGCCAUCUGUAAUUUAUUCUAGAGUAUAGAUAGGUUACUGUUAUCUUUUGUUGUGUUAAGUAAGUUAUGUUUUUCAUGAGUUAUGUUCAUUUUUCUGAGGACGUUUAAGUAGUGUAAUCUGGUAACUUGUAAUAGUUAAUUUUGAAAACAAGUUACAUAAUGAAUCGGCUGUAAUGUGAUCAGUUGACGGUAGUUCCUUUGACUAGUUAUAGAAAAAACUGUUAAUAAUUUAGGAAUAAAAUGUAUUAUUUAAUUAA